ACGCUAGCACAGCACACUGCUAAUGGUCGCACGCCCGACUAAGACUCAUUGGGAACUCUUUCCCGAACCGAAGCGUAAGAUUCAAAGAGGCCUUUAAUCUCCGCAGUUCGAACCGUGUUCCUCGUUUUUGACAAACCCGCCUUUACUUAGUUGACGAUCAGAGCAGUCCGAAAAAGAGAAACAACCCGCUGUUGUAUUAACUUCACGUAGCUUCUGCAUUACGACCCAUCUUACGUGCUCGCAGUUGAAAGAUCCGAUAUUCGGGGCCGACUCGGCGAACGUCCAGAUGCUUGUCUUUCCGACCAGCGGGCUUCCUCGAGAUUGUUCUCCGCGUCGAGGGAGCUGCGGCGUUAUCUAGGCCACGUGUCGAUGCCUCGUUGAAUCAUCCCAGAAAGUUGGGUUCCAGGUUGGGUCAUGGCGCGUGGGUGCCUCGCUAUGAAAUGUCGUAGCGCGUCGUAAGGCGUCGCAAGGCGUCGUCAGGUGUCGCAGCCCACGAGGCCAGACUUUAGACUGCAUCGCAGAACCUCAGCACCGCGGGCUGAUGCGCCUCCCGCGCACAGGAUGGCGCGUUGCCGCGGCUACGAGUUCGGCGCAGCCGCGCGGCGCUUUCCGCACCUCCCCUUAUCCAGCCCGCGAAGUCUUUCCCCGUGCGCGGAUCUCCUCUCCCGGGCGCCUCAAUUCAAUUCCCACCAUCCAACAAGACAGGCCUUCUCGCUCGCGUAUUCCGGAAUUCGCCGAAAGCUCUUCUCGCGACUCGGCGCUCACCUCCCCCAGGUUCUAUCCCGAGCGGGGGAAAACUCCCCCCAGGCAGCUCCGCUGCGCCAAAGCGCUAGUCUCCGCCCCGCGUCUGUCGGCGCCGCGUUUAGCGGCGACGGUCGCGCUCCUCCUCAUCGCCGGCAUGUGCGGCUGCUUCUGCGGCCGCGCAAGCGCCGUCGCCGUCAACCCUAACGAUUGGAGCGCGCUGCUGGCGCUGCGCGCCGAGCUCAACUUCACGGUGCCGGCCGCGCGCACGCCCAAGGCGUUCUGGGCGUCGCGGCAGAGCUGCGAGGCGCUGUUCGGGGUGGGGUGCGACGACCAGGGCAGCGUCACGUCGCUCCUCCUGUACAGCGUCACAGGCACGCUCCCCAGUGCAAUCGGCAACCUCACUGCCCUCACCACCCUGUCCGUGGCGUCGAACCUCUCCUGCCCGCUCCCAGGCGCCAUGGCCAGCCUCACGUCCCUGGUCACUCUCCACCUCGGCCGCAACAACCUCGCCUGCUGCCUGCCGCCCUGGCUCACACAGCUCGUCAAGCUCAAAAUUCUGAGCGUGGACUGGAACAAGCUGACUGGAAGCAUCCCUGCUGGCAUCUCCGCCCUCUCCUCGCUCUCUGCACUGCGCGCAGACUACAACCUCCUCACCGGCUCUGUCCCCUCGGCUGUUGGCAAGCUCACUAACUUAACCCAACUCUCCCUUGCGUUCAACAGUCUCAGUGGUUCGAUCCCAUCGUCCAUCGCCCUGCUCAGGCAACUCAGAACCAUUGACCUCCGAGGCAACAUAAUUGCGGGGCCCAUCCCCUCUCAGAUCAGCGCCCUCUCCCUGCUCAACCGCCUCUUUCUCCAGCGCAACGCCCUCACAGGGCCCAUCCCCUCCAACCUCCCGCUUCCAGCCCUGAAGCACCUGGCUCUGGACGACAACGCACUCUCCGGCUCACUUCCAUCAACCCUGGGCAACCUUUUCUCUUUAACCCACUUUUCGGCAUGCAAUAACCGCUUUUCAUCAUCCCUCCCUGCGUCCAUCUCUGCGCUCGCACGACUGCAACACUUAGCGCUCUCUCGCAACGCCCUCACGGGCUCCAUUCCCUCAGCCCUCUCCACUCUUCAAGAGCUCACCUCGUUGCUACUCAAUGGCAACUUCCUGGAAGGAUCCAUACCAUCUGACCUGUCCAACCUGCUGUCUCUCUAUGAGAUAGACCUCUCGGCCAAUCAGCUGUCAGGAUCGCUCCCUCCCAUCUUCACCAGCGCCAUGCCGGACCUCAGCAUCAUUCGCUUGUCCCAGAACCAGCUGCAGGGCCCCUUGCCCCAGUCCCUCUCAUCCUGCUCCCAGCUCUACACGCUUGACGUGGCUGCGAAUGCCUUCACUGGCGCUCCUGCCACGAUCAUCAACCGCCUCUCCUCGCUUGUAGACCUCAACCUGUCUCGCAACUACUUCACUGGUCUCAUCCCCUCCCUCCCCUCCGCAACUUCUCUCCUCUCGCUCGACAUCUCCUCCAACUUCUUCUUUGGCUCGGGCGUCCCCCUCGACUCCUCCGGCGCCCCAAUCUGCCCCUCGCUCUUUCUCACCGUCAACACAGCCGAUAACUGCCUCACUUUUGACCCCUCGGCGUGUGACGGUGGUGGUAGUAGCGGUGGUAGUGGGAGUGGUGAUGGGGCUGUUGCGACUAGAAGCGUGGGUAUGAGCAGCGGUGGUGACAGUGGCGCGAUAUGGAGCGCUGCCAGUGACACUAGUAGCGGGAGUGGUGAUGGGGCUGUUGCGACUAGAAGCAUCGGUGUGAGCAGCAGCAGCAGCAGCAGCAGCAGCACGGCCAGUAUUGCUGCUGCCGAAGCCUCUCCUGAUAGCACCACCGCUGGUGAUCUUGCUGUCUCCUCUCCCCAUGUCCUUGCCCACCUGGCAUCCCAUGAAGGCAAAGAGAGCGCGGCCUUUCUGGGGCACACAGAAAGGGAGGCGUUUGUGGGGCACAUAGAAAGGGAGGCCUUUUUGGGGCACUCAGAGCGGAUGGCCAUGCUGGGAGACAGGGUGGAGAGGAAAGGAGAGCAAGCAACUUCUGAGGCGCACGUCGUUUUCGAAGGCACCGAGCCUCGCUCACGCGCCCAUCUGGCAUCGCAUGAGGACAAGGAGAGGAAGGCCUUUUUGGGGCACACAGAGAGGGCGGCUAUGCUGGGAGACAGGGGGAAGCGGAGUCGAGAGCAAUCAAAUUCUGAGGCGGGCGUCUCUCUCCAAGGCACCGAGCCUCUCUCGCGCACCCAUCUGGCAUCGCAUGAGGCUGGAGAAAGGGAUACCUUUUUGGGACACACCGAAAGGGAGGCCUUUUUGGGGCACACAGAGAGGGUGGCGAUGUUACGACGCGAGCGACAGCAGGGAGGGCAGCGAGUAACUGCUGAGGCGGUUCAGGAGUCCUCUUCCCCCCCCCACGUCCGUGCCCACCUAGCAUCCCUCGAGGCUGGAGAGAGGGAAUCCUUUUUGGGACACACAGAGAGGGUGGCGAUGCUAGGGCGCGAGCGACAGCAGCGAAAGCAGCAAGUAACUGCUGAGGUGGUUCAGGAGUCCUCCCCCUCCCACGUCCUUGCCCCCCUAGCAUCCCACGAAGCUGGAGACAGGGCAGCUUUUUCGGGGCACACAGAGAGGGUGGCGAUGCUAGGGCAUGAGCGUCAGCAGGGAGAGCAGCAAGUAACGCCUGAGGCGGCUCAGGAGUCCUUCCCCCCCCACGUCCGUGCCCACCUGGCAUCCCACGCUGAGGAGGAGGAUACGAGGGCGCUGUUGGGACAUGAAGAGCGGAUGGCCAUGCUGAUGCAUGGGGGAAACGGGGAAGACCAUAACGAGGCACCUUUUAAAGAGGCGCCUUUUAAAGAUGCGCCUUUUCAAGAGGCGCCUUUUAAAGAGGCACCACUAUCUGGACUUGAAGAGGGGAUGGGCCGGAUGGGAGUGAUGAGGCACGGGGGGCGGAGAAUACAACAUGCCCGCAUGGGUCUUGAGAGGAUGGGUCGAAGAGGGAUUGCAGGAGGGGGGGUGAGGAAGACGGGCGGUGGUAGGUGGAUUAACCACAGCAUGGGAGGCGAUUUGCUGGGCCCGUUGCAUAAGGGCAACCACAGAGGCAACAGAAGAGACAACGGCAGAAGACGCAGAGAAAAGUGGGUUGGGAGAAAGCGAAGAGGAGGGAGAAGCGUUUGGGGGAUGAGUGCGGGUGAGGGCUCAGAUGAAGCAGAAGCAGCACAGGAAGAGGGGGGAGCAGAGGAAGAGGAGGCAGGGAAGGGUGAUGGGACUUAUGAGUCGACUGCAGAGGCAGGGAGGUGGAAGGGUGAUGGGACUUAUGAGCCGACUGAAGAGGCAGGGAGGUGGAAGGGUGAUGGGACUUAUGAGCUGACUGCAGAGCCGCUGGAGCAUGCACGGCGCUUGGCAGUGAUAGCAGCAGGUCGAAUUCGCAAGAAGAAACCGCAAAAACAGCCACCACCACCACCACCUCCACAAGCACCACCACCAUCACCACCCCCUCCUCCUCCUCCCUCCCCCCCUCCAGCUGUGACAGUACAGAGUGUGAUUCAACCGCAGCGAACGGCAGCCCAGUGCCAGAGCUUCUGUGGAACGAGUUUCAGCCAAACAGGGGGGGCGCUGAGCAACGCCCAGUGCGGCUUUGGCGCGGGCACGUGCCUGGCUUCAGUCGCAUACUCUGGGGAGAAACCAGUGCAAGGAGGGCGGGCGGGGGCAGGAGGGCAGAAGCAGCAGCAGCAGGUGCCGGUGGUGUUCGGAUGCAGUUGCUCCUCCUCGAGAUACUUUGUUUCGGCUGAUCGCAUGUCAUGCAUUGAGAAAGCCCUGCUAAGCCAUUUGUGAUCCCACAGUGCCAGGCAUCCACAC